CUUAUAUAAAAAAGAACACGUGCGUAUAAGGCUGUUUAAUAUUGAUAUAAUGUACAGUAGAUUAGAAUAAAUGUUUCUUCAGGGUAUUAAAUUAUUAAAAACAUGUUUAAAGUGGAAACCAUCUAAUAUUACUUAUAAUGUUUCAUUACGACGUAUGAUGAGCGAUAUUAAAGAAAACCACAUAGUUUGGUUAGAUAUGGAGAUGACAGGAUUAGAUAUAGAAACAUGUCACAUCUUAGAAAUAAGUUGUGUAAUUACUGAUAAUAAUUUAAAAAUCAUAACCGAUCCCUUGAAUAUUGUACUAAAUCAACCAGAUUCUAUUUUAAAUAAUAUGAAUGAUUGGUGUAAAACACAUCAUGCAAAAACGAAAUUAAUUGAAGACGUUCAAAAUAGUAAAAUUUUCUUAAAAGAUGCUGAACAAAUUGUAUUAAAAUUUUUGAAAACAUAUAUUCCAAAAGGAAAAUGCCCUUUGGCUGGUAACUCUGUUUACAUGGAUCGUUUAUUUUUAAACAAAUACAUGCCAUUAGUUAAUGACUAUUUACAUUAUAGAAUUAUAGAUGUUAGCUCCAUUAAAGAAUUAGUAAGAAGAUGGAAUCCAGAAAUUUAUAAUUCUUGUCCUCCAAAAACAUUGAAGCACAGAGCUACUUCUGAUAUUAUAGAAAGUAUACAAGAAUUAACUUAUUAUAAAGAUCAUAUAUUUUUAUCACAAAAUUCUAAGGACAAUUUUUAAAACGAAUAUGUAUGGAAUUAUUUUAAAUUAAUAUUUCACAAUAUUUCCAUCAAAAAUUUUGAUUUUUUAUUUACAUCCCUACACCGGGCAAAUCGAAUAAACUAUUUUAUUGAAUAUGCUCUUUCAAAAUAAUUUGAAGUUAAUAAUAGUUUUCUCAAAACUUUAUUGUGCACUAUAUUAUAAUUGUAUACUUUCUUGCUAGAUUGGUGGUAAAUAUUGAUUUAUUUUGGAUGGAAGAUCGCUUUUCCUAUAGUCAUACAAGUCGUCUUUUGUAUUAAAUGUUGAAGAAGAUAUAUUUUUUUCAUUAUAAUAUAUCAUUUUCUUUAACCAAUCAUUGUCAAUAGGUGUAAAUAUUGCAAUCUAUAGAAAAAAAGAAUUAUGAAUAAAUCGAUUAAUAAUCUAAUGUACUUAAUUAUAAAUGUAAAGUGGAAAUUUUCUGUUUACUUGAUGCGUAGGAGAGCAACCAUUAUCCUGACUAUAAAGUCCAGCAAGUUCGUAGAUUCCGUUUUCUCUUUGACAAGCUAAUGGUCCACCAAUUUCAGUUUGACACAUAUUAUGAUUUAUAUUAUGUGAUUUUGCACAUAUAGAACCAUAUUCUAUAUUUAUAUUAUAUUUUUGUCCAGAUGCAUGUUGCAUACACACAUCAGGUGAUAAAAUGUCAAGAUCAAGACUAUUCAUAAUAGCACCAAGUGCAUGUACUAAAUAUACAUAAAAUUUUCUCUUA